AUGGGCUUUCUAAAUUCGCUGAAGAAACCGGUCAAUAUCAAGAGCUCGCUCCCUAAGUUCUCCCGCAGUACCACGUUCACUUCGAGCAGCCAUCCAAUAAGUUCGCGGUCCUUCCAAGAAUUACCGCCAGAGCUGUUUGCCAUCACUAAGCCUAUAUUCAAGUUGCUGCAAGCACAAGCAAACAAGGUAUAUUUUCAAUCUUCCGAGGUUGAAGCAGUGUGGGAUAUCAAGGAUUCUUCUGGUCAUGUUUUUGAAGCAAAGUCGAUCUCCUUGGUCGGCUCCCGCAUCAUCGUUGCAGACUCCUCUGUCGGGGUUAUGGACGUCGCCAUCAUAGAUUCUCCGUCCAAUAUGAACCAAUGUGAGAUUUCGAGCGUCGGCGAAUUUCUGCAGUUCAAUAAUGGCCUGUUAUCUGUUGCAUGUAACGACUUUGCCUUGUUGGAGAAAUUCAAAAGGUUAUGCAUGAUCUCCAUUUUUGAGUUUGUUUCCAUAUAUAAGGCCCUGACCGGUACGGUCAUUUCAUCUUAUGGAUUGAGAAUGUCUGAUAUGCAUAUCAUCCUGAACUCACCGUUCAAUUUCAAGGAUUGGUGUGAAAUUUACCUUGAUGGACAAGGCUGGGUUAAAGUUUGGUGCCAUAUCGAUAAAGUGUCCAAAAGUAGUAAUUCCAAAAGUAAUAGUGAUCAUGACACCAAAGGGAAAUACCAAAUCAGAUUUUUUAGAGAUGACAAGUCCACAUCUAGCAAGAACUGCAUUUUUUUCAUUCCUGACAACGAAUACGUUCAAGACGUAUUUUUCUAUAAUGCAGACUCAGCUGAGCCUUCCAAGAAUAUGAAUGAAUUUUUCCAACGCUUGCAAAUGAUCAAACUCGUUGGUAACGUGCGCUUCUGUGGUGAUACAGAUCUGAAUGACAUAAUGGAUAAUGGAUCGAUUAACAGUAGUGCAAACAACGGUAGUGGCGACAGCAGCUCAGCGGCUUUGAACAAUGAAAGUCCCAGCACCACGCCAAAGAGUAGAACUUUCUUUUCACCAAAAGGUCACAAAAGAAACAGUUCUCAUGUCAGCUCUUUAACUUCAAGGUCAACGAAAAAGCCCAUCACUAACUUCACGACGCGUACGAAUGGGCUCUUAAUUAGACCAUUGCCUCAUCACGGUGUACAUCAUUUGGAAGCAAUGAUCAGGUUCAUCAUUCCCUUGAUGGAUUGUGCAAGGCUUUAUGGACGUCCCGUUCAAUUUAAGACGGACAGAACUGAUGUAAAUUCACUGAUGUUCGGGUUACCUAAAUUGCCCUCAGUGGAUUAUUUUGCUCAAGAAGAGAUUGUCCACUUAAUGACCCAGGAAUUCAAUCCUUUGAAAGAAAAAGAUACUGACGACACAAUGGCCUUGGCUAUGUCAAGAUUUUCUAGCUAUUUGCAGGAAAGAAUGACGAAAGUCUCUAAGAGAAAUACGGAGCUGAGUUUCAAGACCUUUGGUGAUGUUAUGGGCGUAUAUAAAUCUACAAAAGAUCGCGCUAAACUGGGUUCCAUUGGCGAUAAAGAUAGUUCGGUGAAGGAACUUUCGUUGAGCGAUAAGAGUAACAUCAGUUCUGAAUCAACGAACGUGAUGAACCAAUUGCAGAUUAAUGCCCGUGAAUUCCAAAACUCUAUGUGCGAACGUCCUAUCGUCGCAAGCACAUCCCCCUUGGCCUAG